CUUCUGUGUGUGGGGCUCCCUCUGGCGGACAGAGUCUGCAGGUGCAGCUUUCGCGUUAACUCAGAAAAGAAAGUGAAAGAAUGACAUUUCAGAGCAAAGACCGAAGGUAGAAGAUCACUUUCACCAUGUCAUCGGAAGAGGACUUUUCUCUGGUGGACCCCCAGCAGUCUGAGGACACUUUAGAAGGAGUCCACAACUUAAUCACCAAACAAAAGAAAACCUAUGACCAACUUCUGGAAGAGCAAAAAGAUCUGAGAAACAGCAGAGAUGACCGGCGGGAAAUGACCAAACAGUUCAAGCAGCGCACAGAAAAACUGACGCUGGACUCUAAAAAGGACGAGCUCUCCUACAGAGACCAGCUAGCGCAGGAGAAGAAAAAGGUGGACCAGAUGAAGCAGGAGGAGAGCGAUCUGAUGAGGCAGAUCCAGCAGGUCCAGGACGCCAUCAAGGAGGAAGGAGAUCAGAACGACUACCUGAGAGAGCAGGCAGACGUGAUUAAAGCCAUGCCAGACAAGAAGCUCGUCUUCAAAGGGGCGACGGCGAAAGGAGCCGACUGGGAGGUGUUUGAGAUGAGGUCAGAGGUCAUUUACCCGAUGGAGGGAGGAACCGCGCUCAUCACUUUUGAGGAAGAGGAUGUGGCCCAGAACAUUCUGGACAUGAAGACGCAUCACGUGACCCUGGUUGAAGACUGCAGCAUCACCGUGGAGAGCCGAGCCGUGCAGCUGAUGCUGCCCAGCGUGGUGGAGAUCGACUCCUCCGUGUGCCCCAACCGCAUCCUCGUAUCCAACCUGCCCAAGAUGGACGAGGAGACCCUCAAGAACAAGCUGGAGAUCCACUUCUCCAAGUCCAAGCACAAAGGUGGGGAGGUGGACGAAUGCGAGUACCUGCCCGACUCUGGAACCGUGGUCAUCACGUUUGUGGAGGAUCACAUCGCCAAAUGUUUGACAGAAACGGAGUUCCACGAUGUGAAAAUGGAUAAGAGAAACUCCCACAGAGUCCGGGUGACGCCAUUCCUGAACGGAAAGAUCACAAACCUGAAGACUCGGAUGUCGACGUGUCCUCGGACGGUUCUGCUGACCGGCAUCCCGCAGGUCAUGGAGAGGGAGACCCUGCAGGACCUGCUGGAAAUCCACUUCCAGAAAACCAACAACGGCGGCGGAGAGAUCGAGGCCAUCGUGUACAACCCGCUGGACCAAAGCACCGCGGCCGUGUUCCGCAGCGUCUCCGACGACGCACAGGAGGAGUAGAAGAGGAGUUCCUCAGGGUCUGCCUCAGUGCAGCACUUAUUUGACCUCUUGGGUCAAAGAACUUUAGGAUGGUGGAAGACUUAAAUCUAAUGUUAAGUUCAAAGAAAGAAAAAGAUGUAUUUGAUGUCUUAAUCAUGAUCAAUUGGACGCAUUUAAAAAAAAAAGUUUUUUAAAAAUCACUGACUUUUUAGACAAUUUUUAAAUUGUUAAUCAUGAAUUGUAAAAUAUUUAUCCAUUGAAACUAAAGAAUUGUUUUAUUCCAUUAUUUUACGGUUUUAGUCUCAUUUCAUUUUAUUUUUCUCUGUUUUGGGGGCGUGGCUACAACCAAGUAAAAUAAAAAAAAUAAAAAUGUGAUUUACUUUAUUUUAUAACAGAAAUGUCAGUAUCUAUAUGCAGUCGGGAUGGAGGCCCUGAAGGGACAUAAAAGUAAAAUAAAUAAACAAUGAUUUCUUGUGCAUUUAUGUCCCUAAACAGACUCUGGAGUGAAAGGUCACAUGGGAAAUAACCGGAUUUCGUACCACAAUGAGUUAGAAACAAAAUUCAUGUGACCAAACCACCAAACUUACAUUUGGUUUUACUUAAAAUAUUAUUUAGCACCGAAAUUUAUUUUUAAAAAGGGAAAUGUGGGACUCAGUUAUUUUGUAAACAAUCUUCUUGUUCGGUUCCCAAAGCAUUAUGGGUAAUGGUAUCUGCAAAUCAAAUCUGGGGCUAAAGCACUAAAAUUAACAGUUUCAAGGUUUUCGCCAUUAAAAUGUUUUAGGAGUAUCAUUGUUAUUAUUUAUACAGAUAGAUUGAUCAAGAAUAUAUUUUAAGUAACUAGCAAAAGUCUAAAAAAGCAAGUUCUGAUUUAGCUUAAGUUUUAAGGAAAAUAUAAGUCAACGAUACACAAAUUCCAAAAAAAUAAAUAAAUAAAACUAAAUGAAUUGAUGUCACGCUUAAUAUUAUACUCAAAACGGGGAAAAAUAAAUCUGUGGUUAGUCAGGAAGCGGAAGUGACGACACAUCGCUGCGGUUCGCCAUUUCAUCCGAUUUCAAACAGCAAAACCUCGAAUUUAAAUUUAUAACAGCAAAUAUUGGGAUACAUUUAGCGAUGAAGACACACAUUGUUUAAAGACUAAACCAGAAAAAAA